AUGCAGUCGUCGAAGAAACUCAGACUGGCACUGACCAUAGUGCUAAUUUUGUGCCUAACCCAAAGUUCAGUGGAAUCGAAGAAGAGAUGGCGCAAGUCGGUGCAAUUGAGUCUGCACAGGGAGACGAAUCACACUAAAAUUCUGAGGAGUUUCGCCAGCCAAAAGCAGAGGCUCAAGGAGAAACUAAACCCAAGCGGGGAAAUAGCUUUAACCUCGCUUUCUGUAUCUGAAUCAUCGGUAUCCAGGGACAAUCUGAUCAAUUCCCACAACACCGAGUACUAUGUUACGGCAGAUUUUGGAACCCCCAAGAACCAGCAGGUCACUCUGCUUUUGGACACGGCCUCCGCGAAUCUAUUGGUCUAUUCUUCCAAAUUCGUAAGCGAAUCUUGUACGCAGCACAGUGGCUACAGUGCCAGUAAAUCGCAGACAUAUCAGGCCAAUGGACAGCCCUUUGAGAUACAGUUCGCAUCGCAGGACGUGCUGACGGGAAUCCUGUCCACGGAUACUUUUACCAUAGGCGACUUGUCGAUUAAAAAUCAGACAUUUGCUGAAAUAAAUUCAGCCCCUCAAAGCUUGUGCAAACGCUCGAAUUUCGACGGUAUCCUGGGACUAGGACUUCCUGAGAUAGCGCUUGAUGGGGUGACCACUCCUCUGGAUAAUAUUCUGAACCAAGGACUCAUCGAUGAACCCGUUUUCUCCCUCUACGUCAACCGAAAUGCUUCGGAUGCGAGUAAUGGAGGAGUGCUGCUCCUGGGAGGAUCGGAUCCAACUCUUUAUAGGGGAUGUCUAACAUAUGUGCCCCUCUCCAAAGUGGGUUUCUGGCAGAUCACCGUGGGUCGAGUUAAGAUAGGAGGCAAACAGCUCUGUUCCAACUGCCAGGCCAUCUUUGAUGUGGGCACCUCUCUGAUAAUUGUUCCCUGUGCGGCUCUCAAGAUCAUCAACCAAAAGCUGGGAAUCAAGGCGAGUGAUUUAAGAAAUGGUGUCUAUACCAUUGACUGCAAAAAGAUCUCUAGUCUACCGAAUAUCGUCUUGAAUAUCGGAUGGAAGGACUUUACUUUGACCCCCGCACACUACAUUCUUAACUACAGUGGAACCUGCGUAUCAGGGUUUUCGAGUCUCUCCAACUGCAGUACAGUGCAAACAAACGAUGAUGGCGAGGAUUUGAAUAAUAUCUGGGUGUUUGGCGAUGUGUUUUUCGGGGCCUUCUUCACGCUUUUCGACUUUGGCCUCAAACUUAUCGGCAUAGCUCCUAAAGUAUGA